AGACUAUGACUUAUGUGACCAAUUGCUAGAAAAUAAGUUCUAUAUAAACGGCAAUUAUUUGUAUGGGAGUCAAUAUAUUUACAUUAAUUUUAGUUUACUGUUUAUUUAUUGCCUUAUUCCUUUCUUGUUUUCUGCACUUCUUCCUGUGCUUUGUUGAAGUGAAAAUCUAAGACAUUGAUGAUUCCUUAACCCUUUCAUUUUUCUGUCACCUUUUCUAACCACAUUUUUUGACUUGUUCCAUUCCAUCUCUUCAAAAUUCAUUCUUGAGUUUUCACUAUAUUUCUUAUAGAGAUUUGAAGCUUUAAACCAUGGUUAUGCAUUUUCUUCUUCUGCUUCUUCUUGCAGUGUCUACUGUUGCAGCUGAUGAAGAACCAUUUAUUGGAGUGAACAUUGGUACAGAUCUCUCAGACAUGCCUCACCCUACUCAAACAGUUGCAUUGCUCAAAGCUCAACAAAUUCGACACAUUCGAUUAUAUAAUGCAGACAGCGCUAUGCUAACUACAUUAUCAAAAUCAGGAAUUCAAGUUGCUAUCUCUGUCCCUAAUGAAGAGCUUCUCGCAAUAGGCCAAUCAAACUCCACAGCUUUAAAUUGGGUUUCUCGCAAUGUGUUAGCAUAUUAUCCAUCCACAAAUAUCACAUCUAUUUGUGUUGGUUCUGAGGUUUUAACGACACUCCCAAAUGCAGCUAAACUCUUAAUCAAUGCACUUAAGUACAUUCAUUCAGCCCUUGUCGCGUCGAAGCUGGAUUCCAAAAUCAAAGUCUCGACUCCACUUCCUUCUACCAUCAUACUUGAUUCAUUUCCACCUUCACAAGCCUUUUUCAAUACCUCAAUGAAUCAAGUUUUGAUUCCAAUGCUUGAUUUCUUGCAAUCCACUCAAUCUUAUCUCAUGCUUAAUAUUUAUCCUUAUUUUGAUUACAUGGAAUCAAAUGGUUUUAUCCCUUUGGAUUAUGCACUUUUCAAACCACUUCCACCAAACAAAGAAUCUAUUGAUUCUAACACACUUCUUCAUUACUCCAAUGUGUUUGAUGCUGUCAUCGACGCGGCAUAUUUCGCAAUGUCGUAUCUUAAUUACACAAACAUUCCUGUCAUUGUGACUGAAACCGGUUGGCCUUCGAAAGGUAGCUCUAAUGAGCCCGACGCAACACUAGACAAUGCUAAUACUUACAACAGCAAUUUGAUCAAGCAUGUGUUGAACAAAAACGGAACGCCGAAACAUCCCGGAAUCGGUGUUAGUACUUAUAUCUACGAGCUAUACAAUGAGGACAAAAAGCCAGGGGCAUUGUCAGAGAAAAAUUGGGGACUAUUUGAUUCAAAUGGUGUACCUGUUUAUGUUUUACAAUUGACAAAUUCAGGGGCAGUUUUGGCAAAUGAUACAAAAAAUGAAACUUAUUGUGUUGCUAAAGAUGGUGCUGAUCCAAAAAUGUUACAAGCUGGUAUUGAUUGGGCUUGUGGACCUGGAAAAGUGGAUUGUUCUCCAUUGUUGCAAGGAGAACCUUGUUAUGAUCCUGAUAAUGUUGUUGCACAUGCUAAUUAUGCUUUUGAUGCUUAUUAUCAUCAGAUGGGAAAGUCUACAAAGUCUUGUGAUUUCAAUGAUAUGGCUACAAUCUCCACUUCAAAUCCAAGUCAUGGUUCUUGUAUAUUUGCAGGAAGUCUUGGAAGAAAUGGUAACGCCCCUGAACCUUCACCCAAUUUCAUGGAUUCACAUUCUUCUGCAUAUGAAUUGAGAAUUAGAAGCCUUCUUAUUGUGAUAGGACUUCUAAUAUGGGGGGAAGUGGUUUUGCUAUAAUCUUGUGUAUGUGUUGCAGAACAUGCAUUCCUUUCUAAAAUGAAUGAUUGUAAUAUACUAGUUUAGUUUUAAGUGGUUAACGAGUUUUAGUUAGGGUCGGAUGAUAAAAACUAUUUGAAUAUUUUUUUUGUCGGACUU